UGCAAAUGCUAUAAUGCAACUUGUCUUCCAGUAAAAUGAAGAAAUUGCUACUUAACAUUUGUUUUAAUGUUUUUCUUGUAUUUUGUUUUCUGGUUCAUCAAAUUCAAUCUAGUCAUUUCAGAGGAGGAAUUAUAACAUGGAAACAGUCGGGAACUCAGGAAAUAGAAAUAUCAUACAGAUUAGCAUUUCGUAGAGAUUUUUCCAGAAAUCACAUGUGUAAUGACAGCAACAUUAUAAAUGGAGACAUAUUGAAUGGAGAAGGAGUCUUGGCUUGCUAUCAUGGAUGUAGUGGAUCAAUAGUUAACCCUAUGUCUUACUACUGCACUGAUUAUAGCGUAGAUGAGAACUGGUCAGCUGGUCAACGGAGCAUAUAUUAUACUGUUCCAACGUCUGACAACAUAUUUCAGUUUGGGUACAAAAGCUGCUGUUGGAUAAGUACUCUUGUAGUUGGAAAAGAUAGUAGUUGGAUAUUGCUUGUUACUGCAAAUCUUUCUAUUAGGAACGAUACUGGCAAAAUCAACACAUCACCUAUUUCUGCCAUGCAACCAAUUGUUCGCUUUAAGUAUGGGUGUUCUUAUUCACUUACAAUACCAGUGCAAGACGAUGAUGGAGACAUUGUUAAAUGUCGUUGGGCUAAUAGCAUGAAUAACAUGAAUUAUUCAGAGAGUAAUGAAUGUUAUAGUGUCUGUGAAGCUUUUCCAGGAGCAAUUUUAAACGAGACUUCUUGUAUAUUAUCCUACACUGCCUCGGGGAGUACUGGUUGGCAUGCUGUUACACUACAGAUAGAAGAUUAUGCUGUUUACGACACUGCGACACCGUUAAGUAGUGUUCCGCUACAGUUUUUGGUCGACAUAUCUUCAACAACGGGUUCAUGCGAAGAUAAACCCCUAGUACUGAAUCUUACUAAUGUAAAUGGUUCGGUAGCUCCCAUAGCACUAAACACAACCUUUUUUCAGACUAUUGUGGCAAAUAGUGGAUCGACCAAUGUGAGCAUUACAGAAAUUGUAACAGUAUCUCCAUUUGGAAUGAUUAAAACUGAAAUUUUACCCUACGGGUCAUCAGGAACGCAAUGGUAUGUGAAUGUAACAUGGACACCAUCUACAUCUCAAGGCGGAAGUCAUAUAUUUUGUUAUACUGCUGUGAACAGCAUUGGACAAGCCUCAGACCAAGCAUGUGUUACCAUAAAAGUAGAUGAUUUAUGUGAUGGUAUUAUAUGUGAAAACGAGGGAACAUGUGUUGGUGGUUUGUUAAAUAACAGUUGCAUUUGUCCAGCUUCCCACACUGGAUUUCACUGCGAAUCAGAUAUCGAUUUCUGUAAUGGUGUUAAAUGUGAAAACAGCGGAACUUGUGUUGAUGGUGUGUUCAAUUACAGUUGCAUUUGUCCGGCUUCUCACACUGGAUCUCACUGCGAAUCAGAUAUCGAAUUCUGUGAUGGUGUUACAUGUGAAAACAACGGAACUUGUGUUGAUGGUGUGUUCAAUGACAGUUGCAUUUGUCCGGCUUCCCACACUGGAUUUCACUGCGAAUCAGAUAUUGAUUUCUGCAAGUUAAAGGAUCUACCAUGUCAUAAUGGUGGUACUUGUGUAGAUGGUCUCUUUGAUUAUACAUGUAUAUGUCCUUUAACACAUACUGGUGAUCAUUGUGUAACAGAAGCUGAUAAUAAAGGCUAUGUACUGAGUGUUGUUUUCAUAUCAGCUGGUUUGGUUUUAUCUGUAAUAAUGACUGGAGUGCUGACUAAAAGUUUAGUUUCAUUUAUCAAAGGCCCGGGAGGCUCCAUUGAUACACACGAUCAUCUGUACGAAGGAUACAACUGGAUAGACCUUGAAGAAGGUGGGCUAGCCUGGUCUUUGCUUUCGACUGCAAAUUUAACCAUACGUGAAGAUAUUGCCAAAGUUAAUUCCCCACCAACAAUCAAUAUUCCACCAGUCAUUCGAUUAGAAUAUGGAUGUUUUUACUCAUUGUCACUUCCAGUUCAAGACGAAGAUGGUGAUGUAAUACGAUGUCGAUGGGCACUCACGUAUUAUGAAUGUGACAGCGUAUGUAAAAAGCUCAGUUAUUCAGUAUUGAAUAAGUUGGAUAAGCUUUUUUCUGGGAACAGUGACGAUGAUUUUGUGAGCACUAUUCUGGAAGAUCUAGAGAACAUCACAAGGAACAACUAUGGAUUACGUUCUGGUGAUCUCUUUACAGCAUCAGCUAUAUUGAAUGAUAUUGCCACAUAUGUAAUAAAUUAUGAAGAUGAACUUUCAAUUAAUCAACUGGAUAUUUUUGGUUCUUUGUGCAAUAAUUUACUAGAUGAAAGAAAUCACGAGUCAUGGAAAGAACUUAACGACAAGGGAUCAAAUGGUGUUACUUCACUCGUGAACGCAGUAACAGAGUACACUAAUCAAGUGAACCAAAUUAUAAAUACUGAAGCCACAUUGAUUGUUGCAAAAGAUAAUGUUGUAAUGCAAGUAGGCAAGGCUGGUUCGGACGAGAUAUCUGUUCCUGAUCGUUCGAAAACUUCUGACUCAUGGAUAGCAGAUUCAGUGACUGAAAUUAAACUGAAGAAGAAUAUUUGUGGUGGGUUGACGGGUUACAGUAGCACAUUUUAUCGAAAUAUUUCAAGUUUUUUCCCGAAGUAUUUAAUACUAAAUGGUGAUGUACAGCCAUUUAAUGGAAGUUUCGAUGUUAAUUCUAUUAUAGCUGAUUUUACGAUUUACGGGAAAUCUUGUUCGGAUUAUUCCAUAAUUAUAAAAUUCGAACACCUAUUAGGAGACUACUCGACACCUUUCUGUGGAUUUUGGGAUUUCGGUGCUACGUGA